GCAGAGCUUGCCCCGGAGAAGCUAAGAGAGGACCCCCAGAUGCUUACAGAGAAACACCCUGGGAGGACAAGCAAGGACGCACAGGAGCUGAGAGAGAGGAGCUAAGAGAGACAGAAGCCUGGAGACAUUCUGCAGGAAGCCAUGGAAACGAGAGGCUAACCCCAGGAGACUGGCCACGCGCCUUCCCAUGUGGCAGAGGAACCCCAGAUGCUGUCAGCCCUUCUUCAUGAAGCCCCCUGGGCGCCGCAGCCAGAGCCCACUGUGACGCCACCAUGAGGACGCUCCUGCCUGUCCUCUGCCUCGCACUGGCCUGCCGCUCCGUCCACCCCACCCUGUCCAAGUCAGAUGCCAAGAAAGCUGCCUCGAGGACGCUGCUGGAGAAGACUCAGCUUUCUGAUAAGCCCGUCCAGGACCGGGGCUUGGUGGUGACGGACGUCCGGGCCGAGGACGUGGUGCUGGAGCACCGGAGCUACUGCUCGGCCAGGGCCCGCGAGCGGCACUUUGCGGGGGCCGUCCUGGGCUACGUCACGCCAUGGAACAGUCACGGCUACGACGUUGCCAAGGUGUUCGGGAGCAAGUUCACGCUGCUCUCGCCCGUCUGGCUGCAGCUGAGACGGCGCGGCCGGGAGAUGUUCGAGGUCACGGGGCUGCAUGACGUGGACCAAGGGUGGAUGCGCACCGUCAGGAGGCACAAGGGGCUGCACAUUGUGCCGCGGCUUCUGUUUGAGGACUGGACGUACGACGAUUUCAGGAGCGUCUUCGACAGUGAGGACGAGAUAGAAGAGCUCAGCAAAACCGUGGUGCAGGUGGCGAAGAAUCAGCAUUUUGAUGGCUUUGUGGUGGAGGUGUGGAGCCGGCUGCUGAGCCAGAAACACGCGGGCCUCGUGCACUUGCUCACCCACGUGGCCGAGUCGCUGCACCAGGCCCGGCUGCUGGCCAUCCUCGUCAUCCCGCCAUCCGUCACCCCAGGGACUGACCAGCUGGGGAUCUUCACGCACAAGGAGCUGGAGCAGCUGGGCCCGGCCCUGGACGGCUUCAGCCUCAUGACCUAUGACCACCCCACGGCCCAGCAGCCUGGCCCCAACGCGCCCCUGUCCUGGGUCCGAGCCUGCGUCCAGGUCCUGGACCCCGACUCCAAGUGGCGCAGCAAGAUCCUCCUGGGGCUCAACUUCUACGGCAUGGACUACGCAUCCUCCAAGGACUCCCGCGAGCCCGUCGUGGGCUCCAGGUACAUCCAGACCCUGAAGGAGCACAGGCCCCGGAUGCUGUGGGACGCCCAGGCCGCGGAGCACUUUUUCGAGUACAAGAAGAGCCGCGGCGGCAAGCACGUUGUCUUCUACCCAACGCUAAAGUCUGUGCAGGUGCGGCUGGACCUCGCCAGAGAGCUGGGGGUCGGGGUGUCCAUCUGGGAGCUGGGCCAGGGCCUCGACUACUUCUACGACCUGCUGUGAGGAGGGUGGCCCCACGGGAAGUAAACGCCACCGUCCAGG